AUGAAGCUAAAGGGUCCAUCUAUCAUAUUGGCCAUAGUUGGUCUGCAAUUUUUUACACUCGCCAUGGAUCAGGAGACACAAGAAAAUGAUACAAUUGAAAAAGAUAUAUCCGAGGAUGUAGGUGAUGAUAUAUCGGACGAUGAUCAGGAAAUCAAGUGCAUGGUUCACGCAAAGAGGCCGUACGGAGUAUCUCCAACCUUCACCUUAUAUGGGAUACAACACAAGUUCAGCGCACUGCUGAUUGGCUACGACAUACACACCGAGGAGCGUAGAUCAAACAAAGGUAGCCUAUAUGGUUGGAGUGCUCCCAAAGUCCCAGAUGAAAAUGGUACAGCAAAGUUUAGGUUUGACAUUGAUUAUGUCUCAGUUUUGCCACAGUCUGGAGUACCUCUGAGCUACUGUGCUUUGAUAUUUUCACCUCCAGUAUUUCCAAAAUUUGACGUAAAGGAUGUCUUUGGCAAACCUGCCAUGAACAUGGAGAGGUACUUUGGUUCUAAGGAGCAUCUCAUUGGAGCUUUUAAGCGCAAGUCCAGAAAAAUUACAGAAUGUUGCUUUGUAGCCUAUCCAAUGGCUUCUAGAAGAUAA